AAUCAUUUUGUCCAUUUUCAUAGUCCUAAAACAAUAUUAAACAAACACAACAUUCCCUCCCUGUGUGUGUGUGUGUGUGUGUGUGUGUGUGUGUGUGUGUGUGUGUGUGUGUGUGUGUGUGUGUGUGUGUGUGUGUGUGUGUGUGUACUCCCUGGAUGAGGAGAUGUAAUCUCAUGUUUUGUCCACAGAAACCAACAGGAGAGAUCAGAGUCAGAGAUUCUCAGUGGUCAGUCUUCCCAGAGUCAUCAAACAGACCUGGACUCCAUAUUCAGUAUGCUUGAAGAGAAAAUUAUGACAUUUGUGAAGAACGAGCUGAAGAUGUUCAAGAGGAUUCUUAGUCCAGAACUCCCAGAAGGCUUUGAGAGUCAGAAGCAGGAUAAGGAAGUGGUGGAUGCUGAAGAUGAGAAGCAGGAGAGCAGUGCCAGAGAGGGGGGCUCUGAAGAUCACACUGCACAUCCUGAGGAAAAUGAACCAGAAGGAGCUUGCUGACACACUGGAGAAAUAUGAGCUCGCUGUGAUUUGCCAACGUGAACUCAAAUCUAAUCUAAAGAAGAAGUUUCAAUGUGUAUUUGAGGGGAUCGCUAAACAAGGAAACCCAACACUUCUCAAUAAGAUCUACACAGAGCUCUACAUCACAGAGGGUGGAACAGGAGAGGUCAAUAAUGAACAUGAGGUGAGACAGAUUGAGACAACAACCAGGAAACAAGCAAGACCAGAGACUGCAAUCAAAUGUAAUGACAUCUUCAAACCCUUAACUGGACAAGACAAACCUAUCAGAACUGUGCUGACAAAGGGAGUCGCUGGCAUUGGAAAAACAGUCUCUGUGCAGAAGUUCAUUCUGGACUGGGCUGAAGGAAAAGCAAAUCAGGAUGUCCAAUUUGUAUUUUCAUUCCCUUUUCGGGAGCUGAAUUUGAUGAAAGGGGACAAACACACUUUCAUUGAACUUCUUAAUCACUUCUCAAUGGAAACUAAACAAUCAGGAAUCUCCAACUACAACAAGUACAAAGUUAUGUUCAUCUUUGAUGGUCUGGAUGAGUGCCGACUGCCCCUAGACUUCCAGAAGAACAAGAUCUGUUGGGACGUCACAGAGUCAACCUCAGUGGAUGUUCUGCUGACAAAUCUCAUCAAGGGAAAUCUGCUCCCCUCUGCUCUCCUCUGGAUAACUACCCGACCUGCAGCAGCCAAUAAGAUCCCUCCAGGGUGUGUUGACCAGGUGACAGAGGUACGAGGGUUCAAUGACCCACAGAAGGAGGAGUACUUCAGGAAGAGAUUCAGUGAUGAGGACCUGGCCAGCAGAAUCAUCUCACACAUAAAGACAUCAAGGAGCCUCCACAUCAUGUGCCACAUUCCAGUCUUCUGUUGGAUUUCUGCAACAGUCCUUGAACACAUGCUGAAACAUAAGAGAGAAGAGAUGCCCAAGACUCUGACUGAGAUGUACACACACCUUGUGGAGUUUCAUACCAAACAGAAGAAUGAAAAGUAUCUUGGGAAAGAAGGGACAGGUCCACACUGGGAUAAAGAGAGCAUUCUGUCACUGGGAAAACUGGCUUUUCAACAGCUUGUGAAGGGAAAUCUGAUUUUCUAUGAAGAAGACCUGCAAGAGUCUGGCAUUGAUGUUAAUGAAGCCUCAGUGUACUCAGGAUUGUGCACACAGCUCUUUAAAGAGGAAUGUGGGCUGUACCAGGACAAGGUGUUCUGCUUUGUUCAUCUGAGCAUUCAGGAGUUUCUGGCUGCUGUAUAUGUGUUCCUCUCAUUCAUCAACAAAAAUGAGAAUCUAAUGGACAAACCGCAAACAAAGUCCAGUAUCUUUUCUUUGCUGUUCAGAGACAAGCAUAAAGUUACUUUCUACAAGAGUGCUGUGGAUAAAGCCUUACAAAGUGAGACGGGAAACCUGGACCUUUUCCUCCGCUUCCUUCUAGGCCUCUCACUGGAGUCCAAUCAGAAGCACUUACGAGGUCUACUGACAAAGACAAGAAGCAGCUCACAGAGCCAUGAAGAAAUAGUCAAGUACAUCAAAGAGAAGAUCAGGGAGAAUCCCUCUCCAGAGAGGAGCAUCAAUCUGUUCCACUGUCUGAAUGAACUGAAUGACCAUUCUCUAGUGGAGGAGAUCCAAAGCUACCUGAGAUCAGGAAGUCUCUCAAAACCCAACCUGUCACCUGCACAGUGGUCAGCUCUGGUCUUUGUGUUGCUGACUUCAGAAAAGGAGCUGGAUGUGUUUGACCUGAAGAAAUACUCCAGAUCAGAGGAAGGUCUUCUGAGGCUGCUGCCAGUGGUCAAAGCCUCCAGAGCUGUUUUGCUGUCAGGCUGUGGAGUCACAGUGGAAGGCUGUGCUUCUCUGGUCUCAGCUCUGAGGUCAAACCCCUCACACCUGAGAGAGCUGGACCUGAGUAACAAUGACCUGAAGGAUUCAGGAGUGAAGCUGCUCUCUGCUGGACUGGGGAAUCCCCACUGUAAACUGGAGACUCUGAGGCUGUCAGGCUGUCUAGUCACAGAGGAAGGCUGUGCUUCUCUGGUCUCAGCUCUGAGGUCAAACCCCUCACACCCGAGAGAGUUGGACCUGAGCUACAAUCACCCAGGAGACUCAGGAGUCAGACUGCUCUCUGCUGGACUGGAGGAUCCACACUGCAGACUGGAGAAACUCAAUGUGGAACAUGGUGGAGAGAACAGAAUGAAACCUGGACUUAGAAAAUAUGUCUGUGAUCUCACACUGGACCUAAACACAGUAAACAGACGCCUCUCUCUGUCUGAGGAGAACAGAAAGGUGACAUGUAGGAAAGAGAAGCAGCCGUAUCCUGAUCACCCAGAUAGAUUUGAGGGCUGUGGACAGGUGCUGUGUAGAGAGGGUCUGACUGGGCGCUGUUACUGGGAGGUAGAGUGGAGUGGGAGGGAGGGGGCUGUUAUAGGAAUGACAUAUAAAGGAAUCAGCAGGAGAGGAAGGGGUGAUGACUGUUGUCUUGGACACAAUGACAAGUCCUGGAGUCUGUCCUGCUCUGACAACAGUUACACUGCCUGGCACAAUAAUAAUCCCACUCCCAUAGACGUCCCCUCCUCCAGCUCCCACAGAGUAGGAGUGUAUCUGGACUGGCCAGCCGGCACUCUGUCCUUCUAUAGAGCCUCCUCUGACACACUGAUCCACCUGAUCACAUUCACCUCCACAUUCACUGAGCCCCUCUAUCCAGGGUUUAGGCUUUAUUUUGACUCCUCAGUGUCCCUGUAAAUAAUAACCUGACACACACACACACACUGGAAACACACACACACACACACUGGACACACACACACACUGCAAACACACACACACACACACACACACUGGAAACACACACACACUGGACACACACACACACACACACUGGAAACACACACACACACACUGGACACACACUGGAAACACACACACACACUGGACACAGACACACACACUGGACACACACACACACACUGGACACACACACACAGGGUGUAGGGUGGGUUACUCUGCCAGGCACAAUAAUAAUCUCACUACCAUAGACGUCCCCUCCUCCAGCUCCCACAGAGUAGGAGUGUAUCUGGACUGGCCAGCCGGCACUCUGUCCUUCUUCUAUUCAUGAACAUUUGAACAUCUUGGCCAUGUUCUGUUAUAAUCUCCACCCGGCACAGCCAGAAGAGGACUGGCCACCCCACAUAGCCUGGUUCCUUUUUAGGUUUCUUCCUAGGUUUUGGCCUUUCUAGGGAGUUUUUCCUAGCCACCGUGCUUUUACACCUGCAUUGUUUGCUGUUUGGGGUUUUAGGCUGGGUUUCUGUACAGCACUUUGAGAUAUCAGCUGAUGUACGAAGGGCUAUAUAAAUAAAUUUGAUUUGAUAUAGAGCCUCCUCUGACACACUGACCCACCUGUACACAUUCACCUCCACAUUCACUGAGCCCCUCUAUCCAGGGUUUAGGGUUUAUGAUGUUGACGCCUCAGUGUCCCUGUAAAUAAUAACCUGACACACACACACUGGAUACACACACACUGGACACACACAAGACAAACACACACACACUGGUGUCGUGUGGGCGAGCAGUUUGCUGAUGUCAACGUUGUGAACAGAGUUAGUGGAUAGACAUGGCACCCAUUGAGCAUGUUUGGGAUGCUCUGGAUUGACGUGUAUGACAGCUUUCAGUCCAGUUCCCGCCAGCAACUUUGCCAUUGAAGAAGAACAACAUUCCACCGGCCACAAUCAACAGCCUGAGAUGUGUUGCGCUGCAUGAGGCAAAUGGUCACACCACAUACUGACUGGUUUUCUGAUCUACACUCCUACUGUUUUAUUAAGGUGUCUGACAAACAGAUGCAUAUCUGUAUUCCCAGUCAUGUGAAAUCUGUAGAUCAGGGCCUAAUGAAUUUAGUUUUUCAACUGACUGAUUUCCUUAUAUGAACUAUAACUCAGUAAGAUCUUUGGUGUCCAUUUACUUACAUUAUUGUCUUGUAUACAGUCUGAUAUAUAAUGGACCUUAUGCUUGUUAUGUCACCUCUUUUGUUCAGUGUAAUAAAAAACAUCAGUUGUAAA